UUUGUUGUCUUCGACCUCGUCUUUCUCUGCUUCCUCUCUCCACCCUAACACUCCCUCUGCUUUCAGUCUUCUCCUCCCAUCGGGCUUUGUUCUUCGCGUUACUUGCUCCACAUUGCAUCCAACAGUUAUAGGCUACUUCCCGAGAAUACCGGCCUUCGCGCCACUUCGGCUGCGGCUCGCAGUUCUUAUCGCCAGUUGGGUACUGUUCCUUUUCUGGAUUGACGCCCAGAGUUAGCACCCCUGCGAUUCCACGUUGUUGGUCUCGGGGAGCUUUUCACCCUCUCAGAAACCGUGUUGAGAUGCCCGAACCAGCUAGACAGCAUACCAGAAUUAAAGAUGCAGUUGGAAGAUUGGCUAGAUGACCUCUGUGUUCGGUUCAUCAUAAAUCUUCCCCGUGAAGAGCUUGAGUCUGUCGAACGGAUUUGCUUUCAAGUUGAGGAAGCGCAAUGGUUUUAUGAAGACUUCAUUCGGCCUUUAGACCCGGCCCUUCCGUCCCUUUCUCUCAAGGCAUUCGCCUUGCGCAUUUUCCAGCACUGUCCGCUCAUGUCACAAUGGUCCCACUACCAUCAUAUUACCGCCUUUUCUGAGUUCUUAGCCUAUAAAACCCGCGUCCCGGUGCGUGGUGCCAUCAUGCUGUCUCAGGACAUGGAAGAGGUGGUUUUGGUGAAAGGCUGGAAGAAAGGUGCCAAUUGGAGCUUUCCCAGAGGCAAGAUUAACAAGGAUGAGAAGGAUCUCGAUUGUGCUAUCCGAGAAGUAUACGAGGAAACGGGUUUUGAUAUUAGAGCAGCAGGACUUGUCAAGGAUGAGAACGGCGUGAAGUCCAUCGAGGUAACCAUGCGAGAACAGCAUAUGAAGCUGUACGUCUUCCGCGGGGUGCCGCGGGAUGCUCACUUCGAACCUCGCACAAGAAAAGAGAUUAGCAGGAUCGAGUGGUAUAAACUGUCGGAGCUGCCGACGCUGAUGAAGAAGAGUAAACAAUAUGAUCAGGGCUUUGCUGUUGCCAAUGCUAACAAAUUCUACAUGGUUGCGCCAUUCAUGAAUCCGCUAAAGAAAUGGAUCGCACAGCAAAGAAAGAUCGAUGCAAGAGCGCAAGUAGAUUCCAAGCAAUUUCUUCAGACGGAAGGGGAGACAUCGGUGGACGAGGCCAAUUACGCCGCCAAUGGUGGUCAUACUCCUGGACAGGUCCCCACGGAAAUGGCUCUUCCAAGCCAGUCUUCGUCCGAUGUUUCAUCCCAUCUCAAACGCCUUCUGAACAUUGACGGAGCAGCUGCGCGGAAGCAGUUCACCCAACUCGAGCCAACCUCUGUGUCUAAUGUGUCGAAAUCCAAUGCUCUCCUUGCUCUGCUGCAAGGCGGUUCUCACAAGGUUCCUGCUCAAGCGCAAAAUCCCGCGAUGCCACUUUCACUCCCAUCUGUUAUUCCCGGGCCGCAGCAUUCCUACCCGCCGUCAAACCUCUUCCCUGGAUUCUCACAGCAAAGCCAGUAUACUGGACAAGCUAGUCAUAUUGCCCAAGACGGCUUUCCGGGACGCAGUCAACCAACCCCGGCCCCCCCCUUACAGCAUGCCUUUAUGCACCACGUACCAACCCCUGCUUCUCUUCCUCCCCUGUCUCAAGGUUCGAACUCGCGCCCGUUGGGCCGGGACUUCUCACCCUUGUCCCUCUCAAACUAUCAGCAGGUAGUUCCAUAUUUCCCUUCACAGCAACUAUCUGCGCAGAGCUAUCAGGAUCGGCAAUCGGGAUCGCAACCCUACGAGUUUCCGCUGUCUCGAAAACAGGUGCCUGCGCCCUACCAGCAGACAGGUGACCCCCAGUUUUCACAGCAGGCCCAGUACCCUCAGACCCAAGGCACAACGGUACCUGCGGCUAGCCAGCUGCCGCCACCUAAGCUUUCAAGUCACUCGUUAGCACUUCUAAAUGUUUUCAAAGGCGAGGCCAUCAAAACAGAGAAGACUCCUAAUCCUCCAGCUGUUCCUGACCCAAAGGAUACAACGCAACCUCGAAAACCUUCGCAACACCAAGAUUAUUUACUGAGCUUGCUGAAAGGCAGUCCUUCCAUCUCUACUCGAGAACCGGUGGAACUCGCGGCCCGACCUGUUUCCCCUGCUGCGAAGCAAAUACUUAGACGGCCCCGAAACGAUAGUAAUUCUUCGAGGCAGCGCGCUGUCAAUGCCGGCAACCUACCAACCCACGAGCGCCGGAAGUCGGCCACUGUGUCCGGACCACUAUCGGAUUUUGAAAACGUUGCAAAGCCAUCAGCUAAGAGAGCGGCAAAUGGGACAAAGCGCCAAAGUAACAAAUCACGACAAUCAGCUGAUAUUCCUUCGCCGGUUACGAUAUUAUCAAGGCCAACCAGGGGCGCAGGAAGGGAAUCUCCAAAUCCAGUUGCACAACGCUCCCGAACCCCUCAACAUUCUCGAAAGAGCGACGCUCCUGUGCCACUAAAGCCCUUCCAACCACAGAUACUGCGUCGUGGUGAAAAGCCAGAGUCGGAGGUUCCCCCCCAAAUAAGAACCGUGUCCCUCUCGGAGGACCAAACGGGCGAAGCUGUCUAUGCAUUCCAGAAGAAUCAACCUCAAAUAGACUCUGAGCUUCAGCCAAGCCAGUCGGCUUCGCAAAAGGAUCUGUUACUGUCCUUAUUUGGAAAAGCACCUACUUCUCCUAAUGGCUUGCCCCCAAAGCAAUUGGUCUCUCGCCCUUCGACUGCGGGGACACCAGAGGCCCUCAGGCGUACCACACCACAAUCCCCUCUUAAUCUCCCCGGCAACAACAAUACCCUGUCCAGGUCUGGGACAUCCUCUGACAGUGGUGCUCAAAGCUCUACUGCCAAUGAAGUUGAGUCACCGGUCAACAAAGCCUUCUUGCUUGGCUUCUUAGAAGGUGUGGCUAAAGGAAAGAAGUGAGCUGAACAUUGUCAACGAUAGUGAGGAUCACUAUUAGGGUCAAUUGGCGUCUGAAGGGUGGAAUCUAUCUAGAUCCAGUACAUAGCAAAUGAAUUGUGCAUUUGAACCAAAUACUUAAUUCUAAAUUGAAUUCUAUACUCCGGAU